UUGUGCUCAACCCUCGAAAGGAAAAACCCACCCACACGUCCGCUAAUUAUAAUCGCAAUGAUGAAGAUUAUCCUGGUUGCAGUUACUUUGGCAGCAUUCGUGGCUGCUGUUCCUGAGGAGGAUCACUACGCUCAUCCCAAGUACAAGUUCCAGUAUGGCGUGAAAGAUUUCCACACCGGGGACAGCAAGGAUCAGUGGGAGAUCCGGGAUGGUGAUGUGGUCAAGGGAGAGUACACUCUGUACGAAGCCGAUGGAACUAAAAGGGUCGUUGAGUACAGCUCCGAUAAGCACAGUGGAUUCCAUGCCCACGUGAAGCGCGUAGGACAUGCCACGCAUCCACAGAUCUACGGACAUGGCGAUGAGGGACACGUGAGCAGCCACGAGCACGGCCAUGCCAGCAGCUAUGCCAACCUGUAUCUGCACCACUGAUAAGCAAGAGACUGAAACUGUGAUAUUAUUUAGCUGUACAUAUUGUUGAUGAGAAAUUGAUAUUAAAAUGCAAUUGCUACUCUAGCUUUAAAGAAAUUUCAA